UGCUUUCUCUUGUACUAAUGGCAUUCAAGUAUAUCAUAUCAAAACGCAGUGUUUUUGUUUUGCUUUACACUUAUUUACUAUGGCUUCUUUUCGUCUACUUAAAAGGCUGCAGAAGUCCUAGCGAUAAUUCCAACAACAAAGUAAAAACGAAAUACUUGAAUUAUGUAACAAAAGAUAUGCUUUACCGCAAACAAAAUUUUCAAGCUAAUUUUCAAAAUGAACACGAAAGAAAUUUACAAAAAUUUAAAUAUAUCCAGGAGAGUUUACCGUAUAUUUAUGCCAUUACUCCGACAUAUAAAAGACUGACCCAAAAAGCAGAUCUAAUUAGACUGUGUCAAACGUUAAUGCAUGUUGAACACAUGCACUGGAUAUUGGUUGAAGACUCAAAAGUAAAAAGUAAUUCAAUCAUUAGGUUUAUGGAAAAUUGUGGUGUUCUUUACACACACUUAGCAAUAAGAACAAGAAAACGUUUACGACGUCGUAAGAAAGAUCCUCGAUAGAAGAAGCAUAGAGGUGUGGAGCAAAGGAAUGCCGGACUAACAUGGCUCAGAAAGAACAUUAAACGAUCUGCUGCAAGUGGUGUAGUGUACUUUGCAGAUGAUGAUAAUACCUACGAUUUACAGAUAUUUGAGCAGAUGAGAUGGACAAAGAAAGUGUCAGUUUGGCCAGUCGGCUUUACUGGUGCAUUCAAAUGGGCUGGUCCAAUUUGCAAAAAUGGCAAAGUUAUGAAAUUUUGGACUCUUUGGAAACCCUACCGACGGUUUCCAGUGGAUAUGGCAGGCUUUGCUUUAAAUCUUAAUCUACUUUUACAUAAGCCAACAGUAUUUAUUAAUAUAAAUGCGCCGAUUGGGUUUUUGGAAACAAAUCUGCUAGAGAGUUUGGUGUCAAUUGAGGAACUCGAACCUUUGGCUAAUGAUUGUACAAAAAUACUAGUAUGGCAUACACAAACUGCUGAACCAAUAAUAAAGAGAAAAGAUAAAUCGUCCGAUCCCUUUAUGGAAGUAUGACGCAAAAUGAGAUAACAUAAUAUUGUUGUCUACAUGAGAUUUUUCAAAGACUGGCAGUCGUAUGUAGAAUUUAUGAUUGAUAUGGCACAUUUAGAAAAAAAUAUUAGCUUUUCCGAAAAAAGAACAAAACAAAUUCAAAAUAAGAGUUUGUGUAUUUAAUUGUUUUUGUAAAGUUGAAAACACCAGUAAAGCUUAAUUUUUAUAAUUCUACUUCCACACAAGGACGUUAAAUUUUUAUUUAGUUUUUUAGAGGUAAACAAAGCAAUACAUUAUAAAUGUUUGUGCACUUUUCUA